UUGCAAGGGAAAAAUUGAGAUUUUAUUAUCAUCGAUUUGGUUGGCAAUUAUCCACCCAGAAAGAUUUUGAGUUUAGGGUUUAGAAGUUCAUAGAACAUUCUAGACUGAUAAUCCAUUUUAUCAUAACACAAGCUCGACCCAUCUCUUCCAUUAGGACGGUUUUAACAAUAUUUCCAUUUCAGUCUCGCUCUGCAGCUGUUCCCAAAGCUUGCGCCUUCGCUGUUUAGCUCACUAUCUUAUCCAUGGCGUCUAUGUUCUUGACUGUGAAGCCCUUUGUAAACAAAAUCGAUGCACCCACUUUCUCGAAUCAGAGAUUACACAGCACUCGGAGAACUUCCCUUAAAGUCUGUGCAGUGGCGAAGAAAUUGGAACCCACCAAGGUUGUUCCACAAGGGGAUAGAGUCCUCAUUCGGCUCGAGGAGCUUCCUGAGAAAUCAGCAGGAGGAGUUCUACUUCCCAAAUCAGCCGUUAAAUUCGAGCGUUAUCUUUUGGGAGAGAUCCUAUCUGCAGGUGCUGAUGCAGGGGAAUUGGGGAAAGGAAAGAAGGUUCUUUUCUCAGACAUAAGUGCUUACGAGGUGGAUUUAGGCACAGAUGCAAAACAUGUCUUCUGCAAAGCAAGUGAUUUACUGGCUGUAGUUGAGUAAAGUUUCAGGAAAAAAAAGAAGCCAUAACUCUGAUUGUUUUAGGUACCUUCUUUUUUGUAAGACCGAAGGAUUUUUCAUUGUGUUUGCUCCAAAUGUAAUUUAAUAUUAUAUCUUGAAGUCUCUGAUUCAGUUCUUUGGAUAUUAUUUCACUCUGUUUUGCCA